GUCGGCGGGCGGCCCCCACAGCCGAGGGGCCGGGGCUUCCGGUGUGUUUCAAAUAACAGAUAAUCACCAAAAUGGGAGUGAAUGACUUGUGGCAAAUUUUGGAGCCUGUUAAGGAACCCAUCCACUUGCGUGAACUUGGUGGGAAAACUCUUGCAGUUGAUCUUAGUCUCUGGGUAUGUGAAGCACAGACGGUCAAAAAAAUGAUUGGAACAGUCAUGAAGCCCCACCUCAGGAACUUAUUUUUUCGUAUCUUACAUUUAACACUUAUGGAUGUAAAACUGGUGUUUGUUAUGGAAGGAGAGCCCCCAAAGCUAAAAGCUGAUGUCAUAAGCAAGAGGAAUCAGAUGCGGUAUGGGUCUUCUGGGAAAACAUGGUCUCAGAAAACAGGGAGAUCACAUUUUAAAGCAAUCUUAAAAGAGUGUCUUGAGAUGCUGGAAUGCUUGGGAAUUCCCUGGGUCCAAGCUGCUGGGGAAGCUGAGGCCAUGUGCGCAUACCUCAACAACAGUGGUCAUGUGGAUGGCUGCCUCACCAAUGAUGGAGAUGCUUUCCUUUACGGGGCCCAAACUGUUUAUAGAAAUUUCACUAUGAAUACCAAGGACCCACAUGUUGACUGUUAUACAAUGACAUCUAUCAGGAGGAAACUCGGUUUGGAUAGAGAGGCUCUUGUGGGACUAGCUGUACUGCUUGGCUGUGACUAUCUUCCAAAGGGAGUUCCUGGAGUUGGAAAAGAGCAAGCAUUAAAACUUAUACAAAUCUUGAAAGGGCAGAGUUUACUUCAGAGGUUUAAUCAGUGGAGUGAAAAAUCUUCUUACUCUAAUCCACAACCACAAGUCAUUAAAAAACUGGCUCAUUGCUCUGUGUGUUCCCAUCCAGGUUCACUUAAGGAUCAUGAACGUAAUGGAUGCAAAUUGUGUGCAAGUGAUCGAUAUUGUGAACCGCAUGAUUAUGAAUACUGCUGCCCUUGUGAGUGGCACCAGACAGAGCAGAACAGGCAGCUGCAUGCAGUAGAGGACAGUAUUAAGAAAAAAGCUUGCAGUUGUGAGGGAUUCCCAUUCCAUGAGGUUAUUCAAGAAUUUCUUUUGAACAAGGAUAAGUUGUUGAAGAAAAUCAGGUACCAAAGACCUGAUUUAUUAUUGUUUCAGAGAUUUACUCUUGAAAAAAUGGAGUGGCCCAAUCCCUAUGCAUGUGAGAAAUUGUUGGCACUUUUGACCCACUAUGACAUGAUAGAAAGAAAACUUGGUAGAAGGAAUUCUAGUCAACUGCGGCCAAUUCGGAUCAUUAAAACCCGAAUCAGAAAUGGGGUUCAUUGCUUUGAAAUAGAAUGGGAAAAGCCUGGUAUGUAUGUGACUGAACACUAUGCUACAGAAGAGACACAUGAGGAACUGGUUAUAACAAUAGAAGAAGAAUCAUUGUUUCAGGCAGCUUAUCCUGAGCUUGUUGCUGUUUACGAAAAGCAAAAGUUAGAAAUUAAAAAAGAGAAGAAACAAAAAGGCACGAAAAUUAAACCUAAAGUACACAGUGUUCCAGAGUCAGAGGAUAUCAUGAAUGUUCAGUCACACAUGACUUUAAAACCUACCUGUGGAAUCAUUUCUAAUCAGAAUUCCAAGUUAAAUUUGGAAAUUUCUGAUUCUGCAUUACCCCUCGAAUCUAUUUCUGUGUCAUUGAAUAACUUGCUUUUACCUGAAGAUGCCCCUUGCUUGAAUCCACAAGAACAAUUGAAGUCUUCUCUAAAAUCUUUGACUAUGCAAGUUAAGAGUGGUUGUAAGUCUCUAAUUUCAGAAUCUGAACAACCAAAUACUUUAACCUGUAAUAUAUCGGCAACUGCUGACCUACACCUGAGUACCAUUGACUGGGAAGGUACUUCUUUUAGUAGUUCUCCAGUUAUUCCAAGGAACACUGUAUCUCCUGGUUUAAAAUCAGAACUUGAAACAGCCGUCUCAGAGAGCUUUAAAAAUAUCUCAGAACAAUUGUCACCUGAAUCAAAACUGUGGAAAACACACAGCAAUGAAGUUUUGGAUUGGACUGUCCAAAAAACAAAUCCUGAAGAGCGUCUCCUUUCUGGCAUUGCUGAUUUACAUCUUCAGGAUUUACCUUUAAAGGAGCGACUUCAUAUCAAAUCAUCUUACCUUCAAGAUUAUGUUCGACCAGAUGCCGACAUGAAAACUUUGUCCCUACUUAGAGAGUCUUGUACUGCUAGCAGUCGUUCUAAUUGUCAUCUUUCGAAAGCUCUUCUAGGAAUUCACUUGCCAAAAGAAUCUAGAAACUCUAAAGUUCUAAAAGGUGACCAGCUAUUUCAAGAAAACUGUAAUGUGAAUACUUCUAUGCCUUUUUCUGCCGAUAACCAAAUAGCGGAAACCUCCAAUGAUAGAUUUGGACCCCCGAGCACUGCGUUAGGUCACAGUGGAAAAGUUGAUAGGCCCACCGCUCAGAAAAUUGUCCUGAAGGAGAGUGUUUGCCUUGACAGGCAUUCUUCUGAUGAAGAAAGUAGCCCAGUGUUUGGGAAAGCUAAGUACAUGACUGAAAAAAUGAAGCCGCGUUCUCAGAAGCAUAACCUCGCCCAGUUCAAAAACAAUGAUGGCAACAAAUUGAAUAGCCCUGAGAUACCCAUCAGAGAUGCUGAACAAUGCGUCCAGACUUACAAAACACCUGAAAAUAAAGACCGUUUCCCAGAAAUAUCAAAGGCAUCUCUAACUUUUCUACAGUGUCAUAAGGAAACAUACGAUACUUGUUUGGAUAGUCCUCUUCCUUUAUGUCAGAGACUAAAACUGAGGUUCCAGAACACUUGAAAUAAAAAAAAAUUCUAGUAAAACUUAGUAUUCUAGUACUCUCAGCGUUAGCAGAGGCAGAAGGAAGGUGCCCAGUUAAUGUUUAAUAGAAAUGUUUAAUGGAGUUUAAACAUUUAAAUGUUUAAUGGAGUUCUCUGCAUUCUGAGACUUUAAAGUCCUAUUGAUUCUGAGACUUUUCACCAUUUUAAUCAAAAUUGUAAUAAAAACUGUUACCUACAAUUUCAAUUUUAAAAGAUAGCUUUGUGGUGAAAACUUCAGAUAAUGUAUAUUUUUUAAAGUAUUAAUUUGCCAUUUUAUCUUUAUUGAUUAUUCUUUAGCUGUACCUUUAAAAAUGUUAGUCCAGCACUAGACAGAGCAAAUACUUCAUCUAUUUCCUCAUUUUAACUCAUGUCUUCCGCACAUUUUUAAUGUAUUCAUAGUCCAGCUUGUUCCUAGGAGGAUGACUCUUAUAAUUGCCUCCAUUCUUGCAACACAUAUAUUUUGCCUUUCCUGAGAGUUAUAUUUUCUCUCAGUGUAAAGAUAUUUUUAUCAUGUUCUACCAGUUUGGGUAACUUAUUCUUUUUUGUGAGGGGCAAAAAUGGAAAAGGAAGAAUAUGAUCAAUAUAGUAAAAAUCUUGGUUGUAACAGUUGAAUUGAGGAAAGCUACUCUUUACAUAUCCCCAGAAAUUCACAGAUGUGUCAAGUGGAAAAAGACCUUGAAAAUAAAAUGUGUAACUAGAAGAAAAUAGAAACUUGUUCAGAAUCACAGCUAAUUAAUUAUGGUAUGAGAACCAGAUUUCUUGCCUCUUAAUUAAUUGGUUGUUCUGUUUUCUUUUUCUUCUCCAGCACUUUUUCUCUUACUUUUAAAAUAAGUCUAUACAAUAUUGACCAGUAUCUCCAGAAACCAAAUCUUACAUUUUUUUUUUAUAGCACUCAACUAUUCUAGAGGCAACCAGUUUGGAAAUGAAAAGUAGAACUGUUUAUAUGCAAUUUUAUAUUGCAGAUGAUAGGCUCUUACAUAGGCAAAAUUAGGAGGAAUCCACUAAAUAACUGUUAGAAUUGAUAAAUGAGUUCAAGAUUCCUGAACUCAAGGUGUGUAUACAAAUGUCAAUUGUAUUUCUAUAUACCUGCAGUGAAUAAUACACUAAACAAAGUUAGGAAAAUAAUUUCAUUUAUAACAAAAUAAAAAAUACUUUGGAAUAAAUUUAACAGAAAUGUAAACAUCAUGUUCUGAAAUCUACAAAAUAUUGUUGAAAGAAAAGUAAUAAAUGGAAAGACAUUCCAUGUUCAUGGAUCAGAAGUCUUGAUGUUAACAUGGCUAUACCCCAAACCAAUCUAUACGUAUUCUUUUUUUUUUUUUUUAAGAUUUAUUUAUUUGUUUAUACAUACAAGCACUGGGUACAGUCAAAAGUGCGGGAGGGUGAGAGAAUUCACCAGAGCCAGAGCGGGGA